AACAAAUUCAACGCACUACAUCGUCAUCCCACACUCCCUCCCCAUCUUCUUCUUUUUCCCUCCUCCUCCUCCUCCUCCUCCUUCCCUCUCAUCACCUGGACGGUCCAACAAGAACCCGCUGUCGACUGGCUGGUGCCAUCAUCAUGCUUGCAGAUUCUCGAGCACUACUGUCGCAAUGCCAUGAGCCGCUCUCCUUUCCGCCCCUCGACUCCCGCAAGUAUGAACGCCGCCGAUAAACAAAACAAUGGCCAUCUCGCCAAACCUCUCACCCCCGCCCUCAGCGCUGCCUUUCAUCGCUCUCAGAAAUCCCCUCUGACUCCUCGACUCGCUACUCCCGGCGGUUAUCGAACUCCCAAGCGACUGACUCCCUCCGAACAUCCCUCGUCCGUCCCCUCCAAGCGGGAUCCCGAGCCACCCUCAUCCCUGCUCAGUGCCAAUGUUACCCCUCGAUCCGGGUCCCGCAACAGCAGACGCGAUGGUGCUAUUUCCUCCCCCAACAACACCCCAACCAACGGGCACCAGCAACAGCAACAGUCGCCCCAAGUUUCCUGGUCACAACCGCAUGUGGGCCAGCUGUCAAAUACGGGGCGACUCCGGACGGAGCGGAGUCCCGUUCGGGGGGGAAUGCUGGAACCAUCGCGGACAACCCGGGCUAGGACCGUGACGAUGGAGUCUAACCAGCUUUCUCGUCCAACUUCUGCGUCGGAUAAUUCAGCCGGAGCCCCCAUGUUUUUUCAUGCAUCUGAUGCACGUUCGACUAUUUCCGAGCAGGAGCCCCGCCCGAAGCUGCAGACCAAGACGUCCGGCACCACUUUUAUCUACGCGAACGGGGCGCAAGAGAGGCAGUCCCCGGUGAGUGAGGUAGGGGGGACGUAUAAACGUCGGUCGAUUGGCUUGACGCGAUCGGUGGUGUCGGCGAAACCGUCUGCCUCGCCGCGACUGCGACCGGCCAGGGUAGACUCGAAUCCACGGCUGUCUGAUGGGCCGUCGGUAGUCGGGUCGCAGGAUGACUCGUUUGACGCAGGGUCACAGGCCCAUAGUCCCCCGUUGAGCAGUAUAUCAGCGCGACCGAUCCCAGCUGUACGACACGUGAAGUCGUCGAGUCUCGACUCUGCCAAUAGUGGACUCUCCCCUCCUCAGAGGGAAGGGCUGCGGCCAAGCCCGCUUAUCAUAUCGCCAUCAGAACCCAAGAUCGACGCCAGCACUAUCGCGUCUGAACCACUGCCAGGCCUCCGGCCGCGAGUGUUCAGCAACGGAUCCAUCGCUUCCGUGGAUACGCAUAACUCGGGGAUGCAGAGCCCGUCCAAGUCGGAAAGCGGACAGGCCAACGGCGCCCUCAAUGCGCGUACGGAGCGGAAGAUCAUGGAUCUGGAAAUUAGCAACUCGUCGCUUCUCGCCAUUAACCGCACGCUAGAACGGGAAAUGCGGAAGCAGAAUGCAGAGCUGCGCAGAUACCGACGCCUCAGUCGCUCGGGGCGUCUGUCCAUGGCGACGUCCAGCCGGUCCGUGUCCGGGGCUCUCUCGAUUCCUCCUGAAGUCGAGGAAGCGAGCGAGCAUUCGUCUGUGCGGUCGCCAGAAGAACUCUCCGACUUUAGCGACGAAGACUCCAUGGAAGACGGGGUCUUGAGUCCCGACUCGCAGGCAGAUCAGGACUCCCAGCAUCGUGCGCGGGACGAGAAACGGUUCCUCAUCGAUCUGGCGAAGCACCAGGAGCUUCUCGCCGACAGCCAGCGGCUGAACCAGAGCCUCAAGCGGUGUCUGGGAUGGACGGAAGAGCUGAUCCGAGAGGGACAGCGCGCACUGGAAUAUAAUGUCCACGUCAAUGAUGUGCAGCUGGGCGGACGCGUGCUGACCCCGGAGGAGCUGAAUGAGCUGAAUGAGCUCAACGAGCUGCACGAGCAGCAAGAGCUGGAGCUAUCUCGUCCAUCGAGUCGGAGCGACUCCGAGCCACCUUCCGAGGAUGGCUGAUACCUACUAUUAUCUAGACUAAUACGGCGUCGCUGGUGUACUGCUAUUCUGUUGACUAAGCUGGUGUACUGCUAUUCUGUUGACUAAAGCUGGCAUUUAGUCUGCUUCCUAUCUGUUUGUUUUCAUAUUUGUUUCGUGUUGAUGGCGAUAGAUGGCGGCCGGCAGCUAUUUGAGCUAGAUACCCAUACGCGUGAUUUUCUAGCAUACCAUACCAUAUACCAAUAUCAUACCUUUGCAUCCA